UGUCUGGGCAAUAAGGACUGUCCCGUCGAUAAGAGGCGGCGAAACAGGUGUCAAUUCUGUCGCUUUCAGAAAUGUCUGUCCGUAGGAAUGGUUAAAGAAGUGGUUCGAACUGAUAAUCUGAAGGGCAGAAGAGGUCGAUUGCCAUCAAAGCCCAAAUCGCCUCAGGAGUCGCCCCCAUCGCCACCCGUCAGCACAAUAACAGCUCUGGUGAGGGCACACGUGGACACGACUCCCGAUUUGGCUAAUUUGGAUUACAGUCUCUUCAAAGAGUCGAGUGAUUUGAGCGAAAAGAAUUGUGGCCCUGAAUAUAUUUCACAGUUUUAUAGCAUUUUAAUGUCAUCUCUCGAUGUUAUCCACUCUUUCGCCGAAAAAAUCCCCGGAUUUGCAGAUCUCGACAAAUCCGAUCAAUCAUUACUUUUUCAAUCGGCAUGUCUUGAGUUAUUUGUGCUGAGGAUGGCCUACAGAAUGCAAUCAAAUGCCGAUCGGUUCACGUUUUGUAACGGAGUUGUGUUGAGUAGACAUCAGUGCGAACAGAGUUUCGGCGACUGGUUGUCCUCCAUCAUCGACUUCUCACAACAUCUUCGGCUCAUGGAGUUAGACAUCUCUGCGUUCGCCUGUUUAUGCGCUCUCACUCUCGUCACUGAGAGGCAUGGGUUGAAAGACGCCCACCGCGUGGAACAGUUGCAGAUGAAGAUCAUAAACUCCCUCAAAGAUCACGUGACAUACAAUAGUGAGGCACAGAAGAAACCGCACUAUUUCUCAAGAAUAUUGGCUAAACUGCCGGAUUUGCGCACACUUUCCGUCAAUGGUUUGCAACGGAUUUUCUGUCUCAAACUCGAGGACCUGGUCUCCACGCCGGCUGCUAUUGAGAGUAUGUUCUCUCCGACUGUACCCUAUUAGACAUGACUGACCACUGCUAUUGCACAACACCCGUCACCCACAGCCACCAAUCCAUUCAUUAGUAAGACUAUUGUUGAGAAAAAUACUCCGAAAACCACAUAAUAAUUAAGUUUAAAAUUAGUUUCAUUAGUGGUUAUGAUAUUUUCAAAUAAUAAUAUACAGUAUUGUAUUAUCAUUAUAUAAUUUAAUUAAUAAUUAGCUAUAAUAAGAGUUUAUUUCAUUGUUAGCACCACAACCACUGCCAUAACUAGUAGUGAAUAUUCGCUACAAUUUAUGAUUAUAUGAUUACAAUAUAAGAAGCACUGAAUCGACUAAAAUAAUUAGACGACUCAUAGCUUCUUAAGCCUUAAUCACAGUUAUGUUUAAUUAUAGUUUUAUUCAUUUAUUCCCAAAAACACUGUCAAACAAAAGUCAAAAUACUGUUAAACUUAGUCAAAUAGACAUCUAAUCAUACUUUUAAAUGAGUACGGUACAUUCAUAUUAUUAAUACAUUUAUAUCUCAAUACAAAACAAGAGUUAACAACAA